AUGGGUGACUCCGCUUUUCUGAGUGGCCGUAGCGGGGUUCUAUCCGGCGUGUUCGAUGUCACUCCGUCCGCUACAUCCGGAGCCUGGCUAGCAACGCCCGUCGAGACGGCGAUGAGCGCCACAGACCGCGUAGGCAAAUCGACGGCUAAUUGUGGCCCGCGGCGGCUCCGCGCUCCGUCGAAAAAACUAACGGAGCCCGGCUCCAUUGUGGCACGUCACGAGUUCGGCUUGAGGUCGCUUUUGUAUGUUCGCUUAGACGACGCUUUGGAUAUGCGAGAC